CUUGAGGAGCCCAGGAAGGAGGCUCGGCUGGUGCCGCCGAGUCAGGGGCUGUGCCGGGACCGGGCUGCGGCAAUCGCUAGCGGGUCAUGUCGGCCGCCCAGGGCUGGGACCGGAACCGCCGGCGGGGAGGAGGCGCGGCCGGUGGUGGCGGCGGAGGUAGCGGGGCCGGCGGGGGCAGUGGGGGCAGCGGGGUUCGGGGUUCUGGCCAACUCAACCGCUUCGUGCAACUCUCCGGGCGGCCGCACCUGCCAGGCCAUAGACCUCCCCCUGCACGCAGUGGACAUCGUUGUGUGGCAGAUAAUACCAACCUGUAUGUGUUUGGAGGUUACAACCCAGACUAUGAUGAAUCCGGAGGACCAGAUAAUGAAGACUACCCUCUCUUCCGGGAGCUUUGGCGGUAUCAUUUUGCAACAGGUGUCUGGCAUCAGAUGGGCACAGAUGGCUACAUGCCCCGAGAGCUGGCAUCUAUGUCACUUGUGCUGCAUGGAAACAACCUGUUAGUGUUUGGUGGUACAGGCAUCCCAUUUGGUGAGAGCAAUGGCAAUGAUGUGCACGUCUGUAAUGUGAAAUAUAAGAGAUGGGCUCUACUCAGCUGUCGGGGAAAGAAACCCAGUCGUAUAUAUGGACAGGCCAUGGCUAUCAUCAAUGGUUCCCUUUAUGUCUUUGGGGGGACAACUGGCUACAUUUACAGCACAGAUCUGCACAAGUUAGAUCUGAAUACCAGAGAGUGGACACAACUGAAACCGAACAACCUGUCUUGUGACCUGCCGGAGGAGAGAUACAGACAUGAAAUUGCUCAUGAUGGUCAGAGGAUUUACAUCUUGGGAGGUGGUACUUCCUGGACAGCUUAUUCCUUGAACAAGAUCCAUGCUUACAACCUUGAGACAAAUGCCUGGGAGGAAAUUGCAACAAAGCCCCAUGAAAAAAUAGGUUUUCCUGCGGCUCGAAGAUGUCACAGCUGUGUUCAAAUAAAAAAUGACGUAUUCAUCUGUGGGGGCUACAAUGGAGAAGUGAUCCUGGGAGACAUCUGGAAGUUGAAUCUGCAGACUUUUCAGUGGGUGAAACUCCCUGCUACCAUGCCAGAACCGGUUUAUUUCCACUGUGCAGCUGUGACACCUGCUGGCUGCAUGUACAUUCAUGGAGGAGUGGUGAACAUCCAUGAAAACAAACGGACUGGGUCACUGUUUAAGAUCUGGCUGGUGGUACCUAGCCUGCUGGAACUAGCCUGGGAGAGGCUGCUUGCCGCCUUCCCCAGCCUAGCAAAUCUCUCCCGAACACAGCUUCUGCACCUCGGACUAACACAGGGACUCAUCGAGCGCUUGAAAUGAGGAGUUCUGGACUGUUCAUUGGUACUGGAAAUGUUAAUUUAAAGAGACUCCUUUAUUUAUGGGCAGUGUAGAAUGUGCUACAAAGAGGAUUGGUUACCCUGAUCAAGGCCUUAUUCAGAAAAUACAUCAGAUGCCUUUCCAUAAAUUGGUUUUUAAGUUUAUGGACAUCUUGCUUUCCCAUGUGCAUUCUGCUUUGUUCUCCCUCCUGCCCAUCACAUACCCACAUACUUACUUCCCCUUUCUUGAUGGAGUUGAGGGAAAGUCUGGAAGUACCUUAAUAUAAGGAAUCAAGAUAAGAUAAAUAAGUUUUAAAAAAGAGAAUUCUGAACGUAUUAACCAUGUUAGCCAUUCUUCAUCAAUGAAAACAACUUAAAAAUUUAAAAAUCUGGCAAUAGUAACAAGUAGUUUGGAAGAUAGAAAGUCUGACUUUAAGAAUCUUGCAGAUUAUUCAUAAUCCUGGAUAUUUAAUUGGUAUUUCCAAAAUGUGUCUGAUUAGUGGCAACCAUGAUUGACAUCUUGCAGCCUAGAUACCUAACCCUAUCCUUUGGCUUUAGGGGGAAGUUAGGCAGCUUAGCAACUCCUGACUAGUGACUUCUUUUCUUAUGGUGCCAAUAGUAGUUAGAAUCAGUUUGUUAGAAGACUUAAUGUAUAUGUCAUGGUCCUGCUCUUUGUGGUUGCUCUUAGAAAUUAUGGCACCAAGAAUAUUUCAAAUGGAGGAACUUAAAAAUCAUCAAAGUUCUUUUUUGGCAGUUUUGGAAUUCUGUGCUUAUUGCUGUCUCUUUGACCUCAUGGAGAAUAAGCGGUGUUGAUGCCAUGGGACAGGAGAAGAUGGUAGAAAGCCUGUUCCUGUCACUUGUUAACUUGGCUUCUGCUUGGCCACAGGCUUUCAUUUGUCACAUUGGCCAUUUCCUUUUCAGCACUUAUUUCCUUUCUCAUCUCCAGACUGCCUUCCUGCCAUUUUCUUAAGCAGUCAGUCCUAGAUUUCUCCCCUUAGCUUGUUGCCUGUUUUUUGUGUUUUGGGUUUUUUUUUUUUUUUUUUGGUCUGUUUUCAUGUGCAUGGUGCUGUAAUUAUCUAGUAAUUGGAUAAAAGGUCUUGAGGGAAAAGCCACGGGUCAUCCCUUGUUGAAGAACCAAGUAUCACUUAAAGACUAGCAUGAGGCAGGAAUGAAACUGAGUGUAUUCACUUUUCUUUUAAUAGGAGAUUUUAGCUCUGGUUUAUUUUGUUAAUUUUGAAAAGACAAAUGACUGAAGUUUUACUUGCUUUUGCAAUCAGGCUGCUAGAGGAGUUGAGUGUGUCACUUGCGAUGAGCAUUUGGACACCAUCAGUGUACUCAAGGUGCUGGAGUCAUGCAGGGGGGGAUUUGCUGACCCUCCUGCAGUUCCCUCAGAGCAGGAGAUUUGGGACACAUCUUUCCUUUAAGUGCCUCUUUUUCACCUAGCUUUUAAAGUCAUUCAUUAUUAUUAUUAUUUACCCCAGAAGGGAUCUCUUUAGCUUAUAUGUGGAUUUAAAAUAAUCUCUGAGUUAUGGCUAAAAAGUUAUCAUCUAGCAUUGAGUUCUGGGGAAGAGGGCCCCAUGGCCUCUAGACACUUCUGACCUCCAGCCUUACUGUAUCCCAUCCAUGCAGUCUUGUGUUAAGCAGUCAUAUAUGACUUUAAGCCUUUCUGGGGAGGGAGGGGAGUGAGAGAGGCUGGAAAAGGAGCAGCUCCUCUGGGGAACCCCACCUGUUACCAUUCCCAAUCCGCAGGACAUUUAACCUCUUACCACCCACUGCCAGGUUUGCUCCCUAGAGGCCUUUCUCCAGAACAAGUCAGAGCAGCUCCUUUAGUUCAGAACAGAGCUUUGUAGUGUGUGUGACUCCAGCCUGCUCUCUAGAUAUAUAGUGGAAUUAGACCCCAAACUAAAGUUAGCCUGUCUAGGGUGGGAAAAGGAUUUUUGUUGUUUUUAUGGGGACCAAAGACUGAAGGCUUGGCCUCAUGUUUAGAUUUCCAUGGUCCUUGGGAUACAAACAGGUCUCUGGUUCUGCUUCACCAGAAAGCUGGAGAGAGGGGGGUCUGAUUCAGGCCACACUUGCUAGUAUCCUUUUUAAGCCUUCUGAGGGUAGUCUUUUUUGAGAUAGAUAUUGGAGGCCUGACAUCAAAUACCUUGUGUGUCUUAAAAGUACGUCUUUGGUCUAAAGUGUCUUCUUUUGCUAUAAUACUAGUGAAAAUAAUGUAGUGUGUGACCAGCUCUGAGUGCUAGAGAUCCACUCAUAUGCACAUGCUCGGAUGCCAAAUGAGCCCGUGUGUAUGAAGACCUGCAGGAAGAUGACUGGGUUUUAUAGAAGCGUGAUUGGGCAUUUGGUGUAUUUGUAACCAGCACCUGGAAUUCCUGACACAGUUACCUGAGACGGGCCAGUUAAGCCUUCUGCCCGACUUUCAGGUACUCCCAGCCAUCUUCCUGCAGUCUUGGAAAUUGAAGUGCAAUAUAUAGAAACACAAAUGGAUAUAUACUGAUUAUGUAGAGAGUGUGACUGUAAAGCAGCUACACAACUUUUUUUUUUGUAUCUGUCUUGAGGAAGCCAGUUCAUUACAUUAGAGUAAAAUUAUGCCAAGAAUUUCUGAUGUGAUUAUAUGCCAAAUACUGGUGAAACUGGGUUUCCAAGCACAUCUUUCCUUACUCCAGUUCAGUUCAUAGAGUGUUCCUUGGGUUUGUUAGAGUUGAGAUUUUUUUAUUCCCAGUCACCUUUGUAUUAUCUCCUAUUUGAAUGUCUUGCCCAGGAAUAAGGGAGUCCACUUGUAAGUUAUUCCUAAGUGGAGAAUUAAAACCUAAUAUUUAGUAAUAUCAGUUUAUCUGGGAAUGUACUACCUUAUAAUAAUUAAAUGACAAAAAAAUGAUGUUUUUCUUUACUUAAUGAAGCAUUUCCACAUCAUGGAAAACUAUAAACUGAUGCAGAAUACAUUGAAAUUAACUAUUGUUUUGGGGAGGGGGUGUCAAACCCCUUUCUACUGAUAGAAUCUUCUUUCUUCAGACCUCAGUGGUUUGCUGUAAAACUUUUCUCUAUACCAUUUAUAUCCACUACAUAGUUAGAUUUAAAAGUAUAAUCAUAAACAUAUUAGCAUUUCUAAGCAAAAAAGGUACACGACAGUGACCUUUGGUUACCCAGAAUAGUAAGAGUAAAGCACAGAUAAUGAAAUCUAGAGAUAAUCAGUGUUUCAACUUUCCUAUCAAACAGUUCCUUCAUUUGUAUUUCUUUUCCCUCCCUGUCCCUUGCCCACAAGUACCUCCUUUUCAAUGGGUUGAGUAGUUAGAAAAGGUGAUUCACAGGGUGCUAGCAGCCAGCCAACAUCUAAGCCAGCCAUACGAGCUCUGUUGGGGAAUCAGACUGCUGUUGAGCACUGAGAUGAGGAGCCACAGGUAGAAACCCUGAGUCUAGAUCUUAUCUUCAGCAGGAUCUCCUGCUUGAGUUCUAGGCUGUCUCUUCUGACCCACCAAAGAAUGCUUAGCCCCUGGGGAAGAGAAAGUGGUAUAUGGCAGACAUGGGAAAUCUCAUCAGUGGAACACAUUUCUCUGGUUCUUGAUAUAUCCUGGCUUCUUUGUUUCCUUUGGAGUUACCUUCUCCAGCCCUAUAGCCUGACAUAUAUAGGAAAGAUUGGACUAUCUUCUCUGUGUUGGUCUUUCAAUCGUGUAAUACCAGUUUGUUUUUAUGUGGUCUUAUAGAUGUUUAGAAAGUGGCACAGGUUACUGAAUUCUCUACCUGCCAACAUUCUGAUGUAGCACAAAGCCAUUUUCUUCUUUUUUUAACUCAAUUUUAUUUUUCUGGCAUUGAGUUCCAGGGUAGAUGAGGGUUUGUGGUCUUACGACCAUAAGUUUCAAGAGCUGAUUGACAUUAGUGUAAAUUGCUUCGGUUCCCCCAAAUACCUUAGAACUCUAGGAGUAUUGGCAGGGCCUACGGUAGGCUCGGUAGAUAGAGUUCUGGAACCUCCACGUGUUGCUUCAAAUCCUGCCCCCAACAGCAUUUUCCUUCUAAGAUCGUGAGAUUUGGCGGAAAGCCACCCUUGUCUUGUGUUAUAAAUAGAAGUUCUAAGUUGUGCUUCAAAAGUGGUAUCUUUUUAGUGUAAUUGUUAUGUUUUUAAGUUCUUAAAACUUUAAGAAGCUUCUUAAAGGCCCUGUUUAGUAAGCGUACAGGAUAAGUCAAAAGCAGUUUUCAGAUGAAAGGCCAGUUGCACCAAGCAUUACUAUUGCUGUGUUACUAGUUUAGCAUGAGAAAUGCAAAGGAGGCACACUGACUCUCUGUAAAGCCACUUCCUGUGCAAAGUCUAUUGCAUGAGAACACAGGCAUCUUCCUGUAAAGGCACCUGCCACCGAUUCGUCAUUGGAAGAAUUAGGCAAGAAAGCCUCUCUCUGGAACACAGCCUCUGAGGGUGGGCUUGGGCUUUGCUUUUCCUGCAGAGUACGCCGGGGCCAUACACAAUGCUUGCCUUACUUAAAAGCUAUUUGCCACAGUCUUGUUAAAUAGUGUGGAAGUCUUUUUGCAGU